GGGUCGAAGACAAAGCUGGUGAUGGGGACUGUGAGCUGCCUGGCUGCAGGCUUGCUACGGAACCAAGUGGCUAUCGUCACUGGCGGCGGCACAGGCAUUGGCAAGGCCAUAACCAGAGAACUGCUGCACCUAGGGUGUAAUGUAGUUAUUGCCUCCCGUACAUUUGAUAGAUUAAAAUCUGCAGCAGAAGAAUUGAAUGCUGCCCGCUUGCCCUCCAACUCAGCCAUUGUUACUCCCAUUCAGUGUAAUAUUCGAAAAGAAGAAGAGGUGGAAAAUUUGGUUAAAUCUACUUUAGAUCACCAUGGUAAGAUUGAUUUCCUGGUGAACAAUGCAGGAGGCCAGUUCUUAUCUCCUACUGAAUCCCUCACUUUAAAGGGAUGGAAUGCUGUGGUUGAAACCAACCUCACUGGUACCUUCCAGGUUUGCAAAGAAGUUUACAAGUCUUGGAUGAAGGAGCAUGGAGGGUCUAUUGUGAACAUCAUUGUUGUUUUAAACCAUGGAUUUUCUAAAGCUGCGCAUAGUGGAGCAGCAAGAGCAGGUGUUGAAAAUAUGAGCAAAACUUUGGCAAUGGAAUGGGCCAGCAGUGGAAUAAGAAUCAAUUGUGUUGCUCCUGGAAUAACUUAUUCACCCACUGCCUUUCACAACUAUGAAAAAGUUGGAGAGACCCACUUUCAACGUUUCUAUCAAUUUUGUCCAGCUAAGAGAUAUUGUGUUCCUGAGGAGAUCUCUUCCCUCGUGUGCUUCUUGCUAUCUCCUGCAGCAUCAUAUAUUACAGGACAAACAGUGUGUGCGGAUGGUGGCCUGACUUUAUAUUCCAAAUUCUGGGACAUACCAGAUCAUGAAAAUUGGCCCGAUGGACCAUGGGACCUGUCCACAGUCAAAAAACUGAAAGCUUCUUUUGAAGCUGAAAGGAAAGUCUAAUCUGAGGAAAGCAAGGAAAUGAGGUCUUUUCUACUUUAAACUGAAGAAUAACUUUAUCAUUUUCUGGGAAUUUAUCCUUUUUUGUGGAAAAUUACUUGCUGCUUUUUCAAAUGAUUAAUUCUAUCUUGGAACAAAAUAUGUUUCUAAACACUUUAAAAACAGUGUCUUGACUUGUAUGUUGUAUAAUGUUUAAAAAAUGUUGAUGCAGAUGACUAAGAAAUUAGAAAAAUGUAAACCUCAAAUGAUUACCUCUCUUGAGCUGAUCCUUACCUGUUAAAAUGAGGAAUAAAGGGAAAGAUAAGAAAGUGUUUGUUUACAGCUCAUUAUCACUUUAAGAAGUUAAAGAAAAAAAUUAAGAAUGAUUAAUGGUGGUGCUCUCUUUUCCUUUGUAGUUCUAUUUUAGCUCCCAAAUGAGAUAGCAAGUCUGAAUAGUGAUGGGUCUGUGGGUUUUAAAAAGCAUAGUUAUAUAGUUCAAUUAUUUGGGGGCUGAGCACUUUAUGCUUUCUUUGUAGCAAUAAACAUAGGUUAUAUUUUGUUACAAAUAUGUAAUAAAUUAUAACAAAGAUGGCUAUCUAAGACAAA